GAUGCUGCUGGUCUGAGGACACUUUAAAGACUCGAGAACAUUAAAAAGAGUGAAUGAAAUGAAACCUUCCCCACUUCUCUGUAAGUGAGGAGGAUCAGACCCACCAUCCACUGCUCACUCAGCAAGCAUUUGUUGAGCCUUAGAACUGAGGCCCUGAUGGCACCACUGGCAGAAAUAAGGAAGUCAGAGCUUUAAAGAAACCCGAGCACCUCCUACCUCUUCAGACCAAAAGCUACCUAAGCUCAGGAUUACUGAGCCAGAGGAAGAGAUACCCAUGGAGAACACUCCCACUAUGGCUAAAGUGGACCAGGGUGAAAAUCAGGUUUUAUCAAGUCUAAGAAGAAGGCGCCUCCCCAAGGCAUUUGGCUAUGUCAUCGGUGAUAUGAAAGAAUUUGCCGGCUGGCUUAAAGACAAGCCACAGGUGCUCCAGUUCGUAGACUGGGUUCUUCGGGGCAUAUCCCAAGUGGUGUUCGUCAGCAACCCCAUCAGUGGAAUCCUGAUUCUAGUGGGACUCCUGGUCCAGAAUCCCUGGUGGGCUCUCAAUGGCUGUGUGGGAACAGUGAUCUCCACCCUGACAGCCCUGUUACUUGCUCAGGACAGGUCAGCAAUUGCAGCCGGGCUCCAGGGCUACAACGGCACCUUGCUGGGAAUACUCAUGGCUGUCUUUUCAGACAAGGGCAACUAUUUCUGGUGGCUGUUAUUCCCUGUGUCUGCUAUGUCCAUGACUUGUCCAGUUUUCUCAAGUGCACUGAGCUCCUUGUUCUGCAAAUGGGACCUCCCAGUCUUCACUCUGCCCUUCAACAUGGCAUUGUCGAUGUACCUUUCGGCCACAGGACAUUACAAUCCGUUCUUCCCAGGCAAACUGCUCAGACCUGUAACUGAGGUUCCCAAUAUCACCUGGACUGACCUCAGUGCUCUGCAGCUGUUGAAAUCCCUGCCCGUGGGUGUCAGUCAGAUCUACGGCUGUGAUAACCCAUGGUCGGGGGGCAUUUUCCUGGGUGCCAUUCUGCUGUCCUCCCCGCUCAUGUGCCUGCACGCUGCCAUUGGGUCACUGCUGGGGAUAGCGGCAGGACUCAGUCUUUCAGCACCGUUUGAGAACAUCUACCUUGGACUCUGGGGUUUCAACAGCUCUCUGUCCUGCAUUGCAAUUGGAGGAAUGUUCAUGGCACUCACCUGGCAAACCCACCUUCUGGCUCUUGCCUGCGCCCUAUUCACUGCCUACCUUGGAGUCAGCCUGUCGCACAUGAUGGCUGUGGCGGGAUUGCCAGCUUGUACCUGGCCCUUCUGUUUGGCCACGCUACUGUUCCUCUUGGUGACCACGAAAAAUGCCAACAUCUACAGGAUGCCCCUCAGUAAAGUCACCUAUCCUGAAGAAAACCGCAUCUUCUACCUACAGGCCAAGAAAAAAAGGAUGGUUGAAAGCCCUUUGUGAGAGCAUCCCCCACCCACAGCCAUGGUCAGAAGGGGUAGCUGACUGACUGCCCCAGGUGACUCCCAGGGUCUCGGCAACCUGCUGUUUUUCACUGGUAAUGACUUUCGUACUAACCCAUUGGCGAUCUACUCUUAGGCUCAUUUUGUAGCUUUCUUUUAGACUCCAGGAACAUCCCCAAAUGUGUGAGAGACGCGUCCAGAUGGUGUGCCCUGGUGAGGCAUUGGUGCUAAGACCAAUAUAGUCAUAAGGUCAGAUGCUCCAACAGAAUGAAGACGUGAGCCCAGAGCUAAUGAUUGACAUUUAUCAAUAUUCUUGGUGUUUGGUUAAGCUACGUGAUGUUAACAGUAUUAAAAAUUAAGCUCUAUAACUAAGCCGUCAGUGAAUGCAAUUCAUGGUCACAACAUCAAAGUCGACCCAGAAUUCUCAGAUAAGAAUCGAUACAAGUUACCCGUGACAGUGGUGCUGCUCACAGCUCAUGCCCCAGCCCCUCAGCAGAAUGGCCUGUAGCCUGCCCUAUGUGGGUGGCAUUCUCUUACGAAAGAUGGUUGGUUCUUCCAGGAUGACACAGCUGUAGGAGAGAGAAAGGGAUUUUAUCAGUCAAAACUAUUCUCGAAUGUUAUUUUUCUUAGACAUGGCAAAGAAUUUUUUAGAUAAAGUUUAUCAUCUUUUUCUUAUAUAUUUGUUUUUUCUGGCUUAACUAGUUCCUAGAUAUUAAAGAAAAGUUACAUUUUUUAUGAAAUAUUCGACAUAGCUAUUUUCACUUUAAUCCGUGUGUUGAUUUUGUAAAUGCCAGAAACGUGAAGAACCAAGUUAUCAGCAUCCAAGGGUUCCAAUCCACUUGGGAUGUUUUAUGUGUUUUAAACCCUAAAAAUUAAGGUCAGCUUGUUUCUGCUUGGAAGUGCUGAAUUUUUUUUAAAGGAAAUUUUUUUUCAUGAAAAAAGUCAUCAUUUUCUGCGCAUUCACAAUAUUCUCAGAAACCUGAAAAGACAUACAGGUAAAGUGUUCUCCUGUUUUUCUUUAAUUUUAAAGUUAUCAGUCCUGUAAACAUCCAAUAACUGAACAUACUGAGGAUGCCAUGGAAAGUACCACUCCCUACCUUCUGAUGAAUCUGUACCGAUUCCAUGUUUUGGAGGAUUCGAAAAGAGAAACCAUGGAAUCCUAAGGGUAUUUCCCCCUUUGGGUUUGCAGGGUUCAGUGCAAAAUAUGUAGGUUGCUGCAGGAAAAAAGAAAAGAAGGGAAGUCAACCUACAAAUACUUCAGGGAGAAGUCCCCUUCUUCCUUUUCUCAGGAAAACAUUGUUCCAAUUUAACAAUCCUGUGACCAAAGCCUUUUGAAACCCUAAAGUUGCAACUGUCUAGAGUCAAGUGGAAAAACUAAAUUUUCACCAUGUGAACGGAAAUCUCCCUUGUUAGAGAAUUUGUGAAAAAAGACUUGGUGGGGGAGGGGAAGAGGAGGACACAAAAAAGAAAGCAGAACCAAAGAGAACCAGGAGAGAAGAGCCUAGGCUGUGGUUGAGUGAUCCAGAGCCUCUGACAUGCCUCCAGGCCCAUCUUCACAAGGACCUCUGGAGUGCUACCCAUAUACCUUCUGGUGUACUCACACAGGCAUGUAAACAGGAACACUCUAAAGCCUUGUACAUUGCCUAAUUUAAAUGGUAUUAAUUUUUUCAAGCUAUUUUUAUUACUAAGUGUUAUCCUGAAAUGAAGUAUUUUAUUAGUUUCCUUAGGGAUCACUUGUAUUCUUUUCCUAUUGUUUAAAAAUUUCUAAGUAAGAAUAUGAAUAAAAUUAUACUCACAGCUCA